UAGCAGGUCCGUCGAAAAAUAAAAGAGGUAGAAAAGAACUUUUAACUUCUAGAUUAUCUGCCACUCUUGAUAGGUGUAAAAUAAGUGAUAGGGAUGCUGUUCAUUUGUUAACUGCAUGUUUGGAUGCCUUAUCAUUAGAUCCCAGCAUAUAUGUUUUAAACCGAUCGUCAAUUAAAAGGUCCCGUGAACAUUAUAGACAAAAAAUUGCAGAAAAUAUUAGUUCUAAAUUUCAUGAACAAAAUUUGAAUUUUGUUGUGAUCCAUUGGGAUUCAAAAAUGCUUCCAGACCUUACAGGGAAAAAAAAAGUCGAUCGCCUCCCUAUUAUUGCAACCGCCUUAAAUUUUGAACAGCUUCUUGGAGUCCCUUAUAUACCCUCUGGGAAAGGUUUAGAAGUAUCAUCAGCUGUCUAUGACGCUUUAGUCAAAUGGUCACUAUUGGAAAAAGUACAGGCUUUCACAUUUGAUACUACGGCCUCUAAUACGGGAAGGUUGAAUGGGGCGUGUUUUUUGUUAGAGCAACGUCUUGGAAGAGAAAUUUUAUUCUUAGCAUGCCGACACCAUAUUUAUGAACUUGUUUUACAAGGCGUAUUUUCAGAUACCAAAUUAUGUCCUUCAACCGGACCAGAAAUAUUAUUAUUCAAGAGGUUUCAACAAGAAUGGGAAACAAUUGAUAAAACAAAAUUCUCUACAUCAAUUUCUGAUACUUAUGUUCAUAAUAUUUUAAAAGAUGAAGCCGAUGAAAUUAUUUUAUAUGCAAAAAGUAAAAUUACUGAAUAUCUCCCCCGAGAUGAUUAUCAAGAGUUUUUAGAACUUGUUAUUAUAUUUUUGGGCGGUGUUCCUCAAAGGGGAAAUGCUUUUCGAAAACCGGGUCCUUAUCAUUUAGCCAGAUGGAUGGCUAAAGCAAUAUAUUGUUUAAAAAUAUUUUUGUUUAAAAAUCAAUUUAAACUAGACAGCAGAGAAGAAACAUCAUUAAAGGAUAUUUGUUGUUUUAUUGUAAAAUGUUACGUUCAAGCUUGGUUUUCAUCUCCAAAAGCUAUAGAAGCUCCUUUUAAUGACAUAUUAUUUCUUAGAAAAUUAGAAUCUUAUAAAUUACAAAAUAAAAAAAUCGCAGACGUGGCAUUAAAAAAAAUAACUAAUCAUUUGUGGUAUUUAAAUCCAGAAUGUAUUACUUUUUCCUUAUUUGACAAUCGUAUAGACUAUAAUACAAAACGCAAAAUGGCUGAAAAAAUUUUAAGUUAUAAUGAUGAUGAUGAUGAAGAAACUAAUCUGAAUAAAAAGUUAACUCUUACACCAGACGAUGUCCCCAAUUUUCUUCAAAAAGACCUACCAACUGAUUUAAUAACUUCCAAAUCAAUUGAAAUGUUUAAGCGGUUUAAAAUUCAAACAAAUUUUUUAAGCAUUGAUCCAGCUUAUUGGAAUUAUCAGGAAGACUUCAAAACAGGUAGAGAAAUAAUCAAAUCAUUGAAAAUAGUUAACGACACAGCUGAGAGAGGAGUCAAGCUAAUGGAAGAAUAUAAUGAUAAAUUUACUAAAGACGAAGAACAAAAACAAUUUUUAUUGCAGACCGUCCAAGACUAUCAAAAAAAAUAUCCAAAAUGUGAUAGAGAAACAUUAAAAAAAAUAUAUUAAAAGACAAAUACUAGUUCCAUGUAGAUAAAUGUGCUAUGAAUUUUGUAAUAAUUAUGUGUUGAUAGAAUGGAUUAUACAUUUUUUUUAUUUAAUCUUAG